AUGAAGACACCAAUUCUCAAUCUUCCGUGGAACAUAUUGAUUUGGUGGGAUACAAUAGGCCACAACAAUCUUUUCAACCUCAAGGAGCCUAUAAUCCUAAUACCUCAAGGAAUCAUCCCAGUUUUUCUUGGAGCAACCCAAUGGGGGUGGCAAAUCCCCAACAUUUUGGUAAUAGAGGAUCUCCACCGGGAUUUCAAGGGCAAUCAAAUUAUAGAGGAGCCCCACCACAACAAUUUAGGCCAACUCAAGGAUUUCAACCCCAAGCUCCGACUAUUGAACCAAGCCCCACCUCUACCUACUUUGGAAGCUCUACCUCCACCGAAUUGGGUAGUUAUGAUGGAAAUGAUGGUGAAAUCUCAAUUGCAAAGUGAGGAAAGAUUUAGACAAGUGACGGAGAGGUUGGACCAAUUGAGUGCUCAUAACAAGAUGCUAGAGAACCAAUUAGCAAAUCAAGCUUCUACUUCUAGCACCAAAGUCACUGGGAAGUUGCCCGCUUGUCCCGAGAAUUCAAGAGAGCAUGUCAAUGCCAUUGUAACAAGAAGUGGCAAGAAACUUGAAGAACCACCUCUUCCGGUUGACAAACCAAUGCCAAGUAAAAUCAUCGAUGUUGAGAUUGAAGAGAAACUCGAGGAAGAAGAGGCUAACCCUCCCGUUUUGAAUUCGAGCCAUCAAGGUCAUGAAAAUGAUGAAAGAGAGAAGCCCGAGAGAAAGUAUGUGCCACCACUUCCAUUCCCUCAAAAAUUCCAAAGGCAAGCCAAAGAUAGUAGAUGGAAAAAAUUCUUGGAUAUUGUUGAAAAUUUGAAAGUCUCUAUCCCGUUGCUUGAUUUGCUCACCCAAACACCUUCUUAUGGGAAGUUUUUAAGGGAGAUUCUAUCUAAAAAGAGAAAGUUUGGUGAUCAAGAAAUGAUUGCAAUGACACAAGAGUACUGGGCCUUAACACGUGAAGAGGGAAGGUUUCCAACAAAGCUUAGAGAUCCGGGAAUAUUCACAAUUCCAUGUGUUAUUGGUGGUUCCACCAUCAAUAGAUCACUUUGUGAUUUAGGAGUGAGUGUUAAUGUAAUGCCUUUAUCUCUUUGUAAGAAGCUCAAUUUGGGAGAGCCACAACCGGUCGAAUUAACACUUCAAUUUGCUGACCGGUCAACCAAAAAUCCUAUUGGAAUUCUUGAGGAUGUUCUCGUUCGAGUUGACAAGUAUUUUGUGCCUUGUGACUUCGUGGUAAUGGAUAUUUGA